AUUUCAGGUCAAAUACAAUCCCAACAAUACACGGCAGUGAUGGCCACAGCGAACGACGUGUUGCCGCCUGGCGCUGUGCAUGUAAAGUACACGGAGAAGAAGGAGGGCGGUAAGAAGGAAGAAGGUCCAGGCGUAAUCUUGCUUCGCGAUGCGCUGUGGAUGAAGACAACUUCGCGGAAGCUAUCCAUUGCGUUCAAGGACAUCCAGGACUUGCAAGUGAACGCGACUUCUGCGGGGGCAUCCAAGACAGCGCGGUACAUGAUGCGGUUCCGUGUGCGUCAAACACCCAUGGUGAUGUACAUCUUGGAGUUCACGACCAACGACGACCUCCAGCGCAUCAAGGAGCAGCUCAGCCAUGCGAUCUUAACGACGAUGCCGCCGCCACCCGCCUCCCAUCAUCCGUCGUUUCGAGGCGAAGGCACAUCGGACGCAGAGCAGAAGCAGCGUCAGCAGCUGCUGCAAAAGCACCCCAACACGCUCAAACGCCAGUACAACGACAUGGUCGUGGGCGACUUGAUUUCUGAACAUGACUUUUGGAACUUACCUUGUCGCAAGCAACUGCUCUUAACCGAACGGGCGAAACGCCAGAAAACCGGGAAAACGUCGGAAAUCUUGUCGGACGUGCAAGGCGAGAACCAGAGCGGCGGCAAAUCGGUUAAGUACAACUUGAACCCAGAGAUCAUCCACCAGAUCUUUGUGCAGUACCCUGUCGUGUACUUGGCAUAUCAAGAGCAAGUACCUGAUAAGAUGACUGGGCUCGAGUUUUGGGGGUUGUUUGUCAAGUCGAAGUAUGCCCAUCGCGAUAAGACCAGCGGACUCUCGACCCAGCAAAAUCAACAGCAUCACCUUGGACAUCCCGAAGAUUUAUUUACCAGAUAUGAAGAGAAGUAUCAAGCCAAACUCCAGCAAGUCGGACCCACAGACCUCCAGCAUGUGGACCCGCUCAUCAACCUCGUCGCAUCCUACUCGAACGACUCUGUUCAAUCGACCACAGACACAAACCUGGCCAAAUUCAACCGCCAUGCCGCCGAUGUCCUCCAUGUGAAAGGCGCCGCCGCCGCCGCCCUCGACUCGAUUGUGUUGGCUGUCGAAUUGGAUGACCUGGCGCCGCCCCAGCCCGAGCCCGUUCUGCCCCUGAGUUUGGAAAACGCAGCUCGAUACUUCGAGCAUGACAAUACCUUGGAUACCAAGUCGGAACUACUUGGGCACGAAACUACCAGCAGCAGCAAUACAAAAUGGCAGGCGUCCCAAGUUGCGCUGUCGCGUAUGGUGCUGAGUCCACUCGACUUGUCGGCGGCUUUUCCUCGGCAUGCACGGGGGAUAUUGGAUGAUAUUUUAAAAGAAAGUGACGAAACCAAUGCAUUGGAUCAAGCCAAUCGCCAAGCGGACACACGGUUCAUCUCGAGCAACUUCAAGACCCAAUUGACCAACCAUUUUCACGACGUGAGCGAGUUGCUGCGACACUAUCUGAGCUUCAAAGCCAAAGCUAUGCACGAAGGCACGGCGGAGGCGCGGACGAAAUUGGCCAAAAUCAAGGCCAAAAUGGGUGAAAAAUUCGAGUAUUUGGAGCAUAUUCGCAACAAGUUGCCGCCGGCGGAAAAGACGACGCUGGCGCCGCUGCUCACUCCGUUUCUAGAUCAACUCAACAUUCCGUUCUUGGACGACGAUUCCAAAGCGUUUUAGUUAGUAGAGGUUGAGUGGUACUACUAGUAUUACUAAAUAAAUGCCCAAUAUAUUUCGAUAAGUUGGUGACUUUUCACCUAACUAGUUACUG